GUUGCAUAUACAGCAUUAUUUCCCGAAGACAUUCCAUCAAAUAAAUUCAUCUUGAAGGUCAGUGCCAGGGAUGCCGAUAUUGGAUCCAAUGGAGAUAUACGAUACUCACUCUAUGGAUCUGGAAACAAUGAAUUUUUUCUAGAUCCAGAAAGUGGUGAGUUAAAAACCUUGGCUCUGCUGGACCGAGAGAGGGUCCCUGUGUACAGCCUGAUCGCCAGAGCCACAGAUGGAGGUGGCAGGUUCUGCCAGUCUGACAUCCGCCUGAUUCUGCAGGACGUGAAUGAUAACCCCCCUGUGUUUUCUUCUGACAACUACAACGCCUGUGUCUAUGAGAACACAGCCACCAAGGCUCUGUUGACCAGAGUUCAAGCUGUGGACCCUGACAUUGGCAUCAAUAGGAAGGUUGUGUAUUCCCUGGUAGACUCAGCUGAUGGGUUCUUCGCCAUUGAUGGCUCAUCUGGUAUCAUCAUCCUGGAGAAGCCUCUGGACCGAGAGCAGCAGUCUUCCUACAACAUCAGCGUGCGGGCCACUGACCAGGGUCCUGGGCUGUCCUUGUCUUCUCUCACCACCGUCACCAUCACUGUCCUGGAUAUUAAUGACAACCCCCCUGUGUUUGAGAGGAGGGACUACCUGGUGACAGUGCCUGAGGACACCUCUCCUGGCACCCAAGUCCUUGCUGUUUUUGCCACCAGCAAAGAUAUUGGCACAAAUGCAGAGAUUACAUAUCUCAUCAGAUCUGGGAACGAACAGGGGAAAUUUAGGAUCAAUCCUAAGACAGGGGGUAUUUCUGUCUCUGAAGUCCUGGACUAUGAGUUAUGCAAAAGGUUUUACCUCGUGGUGGAAGCCAAAGAUGGGGGCACCCCACCUCUCAGUGCUGUGGCCACCGUCAGCAUCAACCUCACAGAUGUGAAUGACAACCCUCCCAAGUUCAGCCAAGAUGUCUACAGUGCUGUCAUCAGUGAAGAUGCCUUGGUGGGGGACUCUGUCAUUCUGCUAAUAGCAGAAGAUAUAGACAGCCAGCCCAAUGGACAGAUUCAUUUUUCCAUUGUGAGUGGAGAUCGGGACGAUGAAUUUGCAGUGGAUCCUGUCUUGGGACUUGUGAAGGUUAAGAAGAAAUUGGACCGGGAACGGGUGUCUGGGUACUCCCUGCUUGUCCGGGCAGUAGACAGUGGCAUUCCUGCAAUGUCAUCAACUGCAACUGUCAACAUUGAUAUUUCUGAUGUGAAUGACAACAGCCCAAUGUUUACACCUGCCAACUAUACUGCUGUGAUUCAGGAAAAUAAGCCAGUAGGCACCAGCAUCUUGCAGCUGGUGGUGACAGACAGAGACUCCUUUCACAAUGGGCCUCCCUUCUCGUUCUCUAUUUUGUCGGGAAAUGAAGAGGAGGAGUUUGUGUUAGACUCUCAUGGGAUCCUUCGGUCAGCUGUGGUCUUCCAGCACAUGGAGUCUCCGGAAUAUGUGCUGUGUGUCCAGGCAAAGGACUCAGGCAAACCCCAGCAAGUUUCUCACUCCUACAUCCACGUGCGGGUGAUCGAAGAAAGUAUCCACAAGCCCACAGCCAUCCCCCUGGAAAUUUUCAUUGUCACCAUGGAGGAUGACUUUCCUGGUGGUGUCAUUGGGAAGAUCCAUGCCACAGAUCAAGAUGUGUAUGAUGUGCUCACAUUUGCUCUAAAAUCCGAGCAGAAAAGCUUGUUCAAAGUAAAUAGUCACGAUGGGAAAAUCAUUGCCCUGGGAGGACUGGACAGUGGCAAGUAUGUCCUGAAUGUGUCUGUGAGUGACGGCCGCUUCCAGGUGCCCAUCGAUGUGGUCGUGCACGUGGAGCAGCUAGUGCGUGAGAUGCUGCAGAACACCGUCACCAUCCGCUUUGAGAAUGUGUCCCCCGAGGACUUCGUGGGACUGCACAUGCACGGGUUCCGGCGCACCCUGCGGAACGCGGUCCUCACCCAGAAGCAGGACAGCCUGCGCAUCAUCAGCAUCCAGCCUGUGGCAGGCACCAACCAGCUGGACAUGCUGUUUGCAGUGGAGAUGCACAGUAGUGAGUUCUACAAGCCGGCCUACCUGAUCCAAAAGCUGUCCAAUGCCAGGCGACACCUGGAGAAUGUCAUGCGCAUCUCAGCCAUCCUGGAGAAGAACUGCUCGGGCCUGGACUGUCAGGAGCAGCACUGUGAGCAAGGCUUGUCGCUGGAUUCCCAUGCACUCAUGACCUACAGCACAGCUCGCAUCAGCUUUGUGUGUCCACGUUUCUACAGGAAUGUGCGCUGCACCUGUAAUGGAGGACUAUGCCCAGGGUCCAACGAUCCUUGUGUGGAGAAGCCGUGUCCAGGGGACAUGCAGUGUGUCGGUUAUGAAGCCAGCAGGAGCGAAGCCAGCAGGAGGCCGUUCCUCUGCCAGUGUCCACCAGGGAAGCUCGGAGAGUGCUCAGGACACACUUCUCUCAGCUUUGCUGGAAACAGUUACAUCAAAUACCGGCUUUCUGAAAAUAGCAAAGAAGAGGACUUUAAGCUAGCUCUGCGUCUGCGAACCCUGCAAAGCAACGGGAUUAUAAUGUACACCAGAGCAAAUCCCUGCAUAAUUCUGAAGAUUGUGGACGGCAAGCUGUGGUUCCAGCUGGACUGCGGCAGCGGCCCUGGAAUCUUGGGCAUCUCGGGCUGCGCUGUCAACGACGGGAGCUGGCACUCGGUGUUUCUGGAGCUCAAUCGCAAUUUCACGAGCCUGUCCCUGGACGACAGCUACGUGGAGCGGCGCAGGGCGCCCCUCUACUUCCAGACGCUGGGCACCGACAGCGCCAUCUACUUCGGCGCCCUGGUGCAGGCGGAUAACAUCCGCAGCCUGACAGACACGCGGGUCACGCAGGUGCUCAGCGGCUUCCAGGGCUGCCUGGACUCGGUGGUGCUGAACAACAACGAGCUGCCGCUGCAGAACAAGCGCAGCAGCUUCGCGGAGGUGGUGGGACUGACCGAGCUGAAGCUGGGCUGCGUGCUGUACCCCGACGCGUGCGAGCGCAGCCCGUGCCAGCACGGGGGCAGCUGCGCCAGCCUGCCCUCCGGGGGCUAUCAGUGUACCUGUCUCUCACAGUUCACGGGGAGAAACUGUGAAUCCGAGAUCACAGCCUGCUUCCCAAACCCCUGCCGGAAUGGAGGAUCCUGCGACCCCAUAGGAAACACUUUCAUCUGCAAUUGUAAAGCUGGGCUCACUGGAGUCACGUGUGAGGAGGACAUCAACGAGUGCGAGCGCGAGGAGUGUGAGAACGGCGGCUCUUGCGUCAACGUGUUCGGCUCCUUCCUGUGCAACUGCACCCCGGGCUACGUGGGCCAGUACUGCGGGCUGCGCCCCGUGGUGGUGCCCAACAUCCAGGCCGGCCACUCGUACGUGGGGAAGGAGGAGCUCAUCGGCAUCGCCGUGGUGCUCUUCGUCAUCUUCGUGCUGGUCGUGCUCUUCAUCGUCUUCCGCAAGAAGGUCUUCCGCAAGAACUACUCCCGCAACAACAUCACGCUGGUGCAGGACCCGGCCACGGCCGCGCUGCUGCACAAGAGCAACGGCGCCCCCUUCCGGAACCUGCGCGGCGGUGCGGACGGCCGCAACGUCUACCAGGAGGUGGGGCCCCCGCAGGUGCCCGUGCGCCCCAUGGCCUACACGCCCUGCUUCCAGAGCGACUCCAGGAGCAACCUGGACAAAGUCGUGGACGGGCUGGGGGGCGAGCACCAGGAGAUGACCACGUUUCACCCCGAGUCACCCCGCAUCCUGACAGCCAGGCGGGGCGUGGUCGUGUGCAGUGUGGCCCCCAACCUCCCAGCCGUGUCACCCUGCCGCUCCGACUGCGACUCCAUCCGGAAGAAUGGCUGGGAUGCAGGAACUGAGAACAAAGGGGCUGAUGACCCGGGAGAAGUGACCUGCUUUGCAGGCAGUAAUAAAGGGAGCAACUCAGAAGUUCAGUCCCUCAGCUCCUUCCAGUCGGAUUCUGGUGACGACAAUGCAUCCAUAGUGACUGUCAUUCAGCUUGUCAACAAUGUAGUUGACAGUAUAGAGAAUGAAGUGUCUGUCAUGGACCAAGGAGAGAACUACAACCGAGGUGACUACUCCACAACCCAGCAUAACGUUUUUAUUUACACAUUUUGCAUUGCUGAGUUCGUUCUUAUCUUGUCCGUCUGCCUCCAGCCUUUCUGA